ACGAUCCCAACACCAGCGCGUGUUUCUGCUCCAACUACCACCACAACACGCCGCGUACGCACACCGACUUCCACCCAACGCUCCAAUUCUCAGCGCAUACUUUUUGACCAUGGAUCUUACGCCAAAGUUUACCGCCACUACUGCUACUUCUUCUACAACUUAUUCCCUCGCAUCGCUCUGACUCAGGACAGUCCGGGGAUACAGAGAGAAAGUAGAGGAGGAGGAGGAGGAAGAAGGAGCUAAUGCCGGGCAAACUGCUCCCAAACUUUCCCCAAGUCGCUUCAUGGAGUUUUUAACGCCGCUUGUACGUCGCGUUUUGAGUUUGCAAGUUUGUCCCUGACUCCAAAGCGAGUGGAAAGCAGAAUAAAAGAGAGUUGGAGAGGAAGAGGAGACGUACCGGUAGUUAAAAAAAGGCGGUGAGACGCGACAGUAGUAGAAGGCGACACCAGAGAGUGGUCGGGCAUCAUGGAGACCACAGCUCCCACAGCCACAGAGAAGAAGGAGUGUAAGACCUCAGCGCUGGAUGGAAGCAGCUUCUCUGAGCUCCCAAAGAAACCAUCGCCAACCACACUUAACAGAGGUGGUCAUCCGCUCUUCCCCACCUUCCACACGCCCAUCCCCAUAGACAUGAGGCACCACGAGGGACGCUAUCAUUAUGAACCACAUCCACUGCACGCCAUGCACGGACCUCCAGGCCUGACGAGCAGCCCGGUCAUCUCUGACAUCUCCCUGAUCCGGCUGUCCCCUCACGCAGCAGCGGGCACCGGGGAGUCGCCCUUCAGCCCCCCUCACCCAUACGUGGUCCCACACAUGGAGCACUACCUGCGCUCUGUGCACGGCAGCCCCACCUUGUCCAUGAUCUCAGCCGCCAGGGGACUGAGCCCGGCAGAGGUUACCCAUGAACAUCUGAAAGACCGAGGCCUAUUCAGCCUCCCCCCUCCACCCCCGGGAGCCAACCCCACAGAGUACUACCACCUGAUGGCCAGUGCCAGCCAGCGUAGCCCCUAUGGAGACCUCCUGAUGCAGAGUGGAGCUGCAGCAGCCGCAGCAGCAGCAGUGGCAGCAGCUGGCCAUCUACCCGACUACAUAAGCCCUGUGGAUGCUGUAUCGCGUUUCUCCAGCCCUCGCCUGACCCCCAGACUGAGCAGGAAAAGAGCCCUGUCCAUCUCUCCCCUGUCCGACGCCAGCAUCGACCUGCAGACCAUGAUCCGCACCUCACCCAACUCUUUAGUGGCCUACAUCAACAACUCACGCUCCAGCUCAGCGGCUAGCAGCUCCUACGGGCACCUGUCUGUAGGGGGGCUAAGCCCGUCAUUCAGCUUCCCUCACCCCAUGAACCCAGUGGCCUACCAGCAGCUCCUGUCCCAGCAGAGGGGCCUAAACGCCUUUGGUCACACUCCUCCUCUGAUACAGCCGUCUCCUGCCUCCUUCUCUGCUCGCCAACACCCCCUCACCUCCUCCAUGACGACAUCCCAUAAUACCUCCAACUCUGAGGGCAACCAGAACGCAGGUGGGGACCCGGCCGUUAGCAGUACUGUCAACCCGCUCAACACCAAGAGGUCAAAGGUCAAGACGGAAGCGGAAGGACCCCUACCCAUCUCACCGUCCACUCAGGAUCACGGAGGAGGGGUCCUGGAUUUGAGCGAGGAUCUGGAUAAAGACGAGUGUAAACAGGAACCAGAGGCUAUCUACGAGACCAACUGUCACUGGGAGGGCUGCAGCAAGGAGUACGACACCCAGGAUCAACUCGUACAUCAUAUCAACAAUGACCACAUUCACGGUGAGAAGAAGGAGUUCGUGUGCCGCUGGGAGGAGUGUUCCCGGGAGCAGAAGCCCUUUAAGGCGCAGUACAUGCUGGUGGUCCACAUGAGGCGCCACACCGGAGAGAAACCUCACAAAUGCACGUUUGAGGGCUGUGCCAAAGCGUACUCUCGCCUGGAGAACCUAAAGACCCACUUGAGGUCUCACACCGGAGAGAAGCCCUACGUCUGUGAGCACGAGGGCUGCAACAAAGCCUUCUCCAACGCCUCGGAUCGGGCCAAGCAUCAGAACAGAACACACUCCAAUGAGAAACCCUACGUGUGUAAGAUCCCAGGCUGCACCAAACGCUACACCGACCCCAGCUCUCUUCGAAAACACGUGAAGACGGUGCACGGACCCGAAGCUCACGUGACCAAGAAACAGCGCGGUGACGUUCCUCCGAGACAGCAGCCACCGAAAGGAAACGGCGAGAACGAAGUCAACGCCAAACACGGCUCUAAGGGCGGAGAUGGGAAGACGGACGGCAACAUCACCUCUAGAGGCGGGGAGGACUGCCUGCAGGUCAAGUCCAUCAAGACAGAGAAUUCUAUGACGUAUCAGUCCAGUCCUGGUGGCCACUCGUCAUGUAGCAGUGAGCCGUCACCUCUCAGCAGCACCAACAACAAUGACAGUGGAGUAGAGAUGGCCAUGCACAGCGGGGGCAGCUUCGGAGACCUGAGCGCCCAAGACGAGGGCCCCAUGAUCGACUCCACGGUCCAGGCUGGGGGCCAACACGCUGGGGUGGGCCUACAGUUGAGGAAAGCAAUGCCCUAUGGUUCGGUCACUAUCAAGCUUGAGAAUAUCAAAAAGGAACGGUUGAAGACGGUGAGGGACUCUUGCCCCUGGAGCAACUCUGCACCACAACCUCCACAAGGCCAGCACAACACCAAGUUACCGCCCAUUCCUGCUGUUGGUUCCUUGCUGGAGAACUCCAACUUCAUCAACAACCUCAGUGGCCAGUACCCAGGCCAGCGCCUCACCGACCCAUCCUGUGAGGUGACCCUCCUGAACCAGUUGAAUGAGCGGCGUGACAGCACCACCAGCACCCUCAGCUCAGCCUACACCCUCAGCCGCCGCUCCUCCGGGAUCUCCCCAUGCUACUCCAGCCGGCGAUCCAGCGAGACGUCCCAGUUUGGAGUGAAUCGCCACAACAACAUCAGCUCUGCCGAUUCCUACGACCCCAUCUCAACUGACCUUUCGCGGCGGUCCAGUGAAGCUAGCCACUGCGGAGGAGGAGCUGGGAAUGGAGGUCUUCCGAGUUUGUUAAGCCUCACUCCAGCACAGCAUUACCGUCUCAAAGCGAAGUAUGCCGCCGCUAUCGGAGGCGCUCCACCAACGCCUCUUCCCAACAUGGAUCGCAUGAGCUUGAGAACGCGCAUGGCACUUUACAACGACUCUCAAGAAGGCCAGUCCCACUCCUUCCACCAGCCGACUUCCGGAGCUGUCCCGCGAAGGUGCAGUGACAUCGGGUACGGCCACCAGAGCAUGAUGCCCCACGAAGUUCCCAACAAUCUCCCACGAAGAGCCAGUGAUCCUGUCCGCCGCUCAGCCGGGGAUCCGCAAGCCUUCCCGAGAGUCCAGCGCUACAACAGCAUGAACAAUAUGAAUCCGAUGGAUCUUCAAGAUCGCCAUCAGGGAUUGGCUCAUCAAGGCUACACUCGCUCCGAUGGUAGUCUACAGCGAUACCCCUUCGCACCACGACCACCCAGCAUCUCCGAGAAUGUAGCGAUGGAGAACAUGGCCAUGGACGGUGCCAUGGCUGGGAUGGAGCAUAGCGGGGAGGAUGACAUUGUCCUUCCAGAUGACAUGGUGCAGUACCUCAGGUCACAAAACUCGGGUUCGACUGGGCAAAGUUCAACCUUCCAUACCAACAACCAUUCUCAGGGCUACCAAGGGAGCAUGCCCCCUCCUCCUGCAUCUCACUACUCUCAAAGGAGGAUGGCUAUGGUGGACACUGACAUGCAACCGUGCCAUAUCGCGAACUCACAACAGCCACUAGCUCAUAACAUGAACAAAAACAACAUGCCAGUGCAGUGGAACGAAGUCAGCUCGGGGACUGUGGAUACUACGGACAAGCUAUCCAAGCAGCAGCACCCUCUCAGGGGGAAUCUUGCAGUCGUCCAGCAGAGGCACAACAUUGGGUCCUUCCAGGCAGGACAGGGGCUGAGCAGCAACCAGCAGGGGGUGCCAGUGAGCCAGAACAUGUCCAUGCAGGGAUACUUAAACCAGAACGGCCAACGGCAAAUAAGCCAACAGCAACAGAGGCAGUGCAGCAAUGUGAACCUUGGCGAACAGAUGAGUCCUCAGCAAGGGUUUGGCCAAGAAACCAUCCCCAUAUCUGGCAGCACUAGCAUGAGAGCUAACAGGAAUGGUGUGGAACUGCCAAACUACAGGGCAAGGACUGACGCUUAUCCUCACGCGAACCAAGCAAACGGGUACAGCGCAGUCCCGCAACAGCCAAAUAUGAACGGAGUAAGAGUUAUGAUGCAACCAAGACCUCCAACAGAGCCCAGAACAAGGCACGCUGGACCUGUAGCGAACAGGAUACCCAAGAUGGAGAUGAGUCCAUGCCGAGCAAAUGACACCUCCGAGGCUAGCCCAAAACGGCCUAGCGGUUCUGUGGUCCAUAAUUCUGAAAAUGUAUUUUACACCGGGCAGAUCCACAUGUUUGAACAGGCAAGCUUCGACGCCCCAAUGUCUCCCCAAGCUCCUGCCAACAACACAACUGCUCCGGGCAACAUGGCUUCCCCGGGGGUAAACCAGGUAUCGAGCAGCACUGCAGACUCUUCGACCAAUGGGGCAGCAGAGCACGCCCAGAUUGACUUUGACACCAUGCUGGAUGAUGGGGACCACUCCAGCCUCAUGUCGGGUACUCUCAGUCCAGGGCUUCUGCAGAGUCUUUCCCAGAAUUCCUCUCGACUCACGACCCCCCGCAACUCGGUGACUCUGGCAUCUGUACCGGCAGGGAUUGGCAACAUGGCCAUUGGAGAUAUGAACUCCAUGCUUACAGCGCUGGCAGAGGAGAGCAAGUUCCUCAACAUGAUCAGCUGAGAGCAACCGCAGACCUCAUCCUUCCAUCCAGUCUUAACUUUUGCUAUGUCAGGAUUAUAUGAAAGAAAGCACUGACUGAAUAUUUGUGAAACUUUUUGAUAUUGUCCAUAGACUUAUGCUUGUAAUAUGUACUUUAUAUACUACAGUGAAAAGUAUAGUAUAGGCUUAAGAGCAUCAUCCUCAUUUGUUAAAAAGCCAUACUUUUUAGCUCCAAAUAUACACAUGAUAGCCAGGGAUAUAUAAACACUUGCAGAUCCAUUCAGUAUUUGCCAGAGAGGCAGUCCUUUAUAAAGUGGUGCACUGAAAGCAUUUCACAGCGUGCCUUGCUUAUGACAUCAAGGUUUAAUAUGGGGAAAAACUACCAGGAAAUGGACAUAUGUAGAUAACAGAUAUUUUCUCAUGAAGACAUUUCAUGUACAUUUAUAGAUUUUUACUGUAUGGUACUGUGUUUAAAUUAUAUUUGACUUACAGUAAAAUGUUUAAACUAUGGCUGUCCAUGUGGAGCAUCAGGCCUUUUGGCUAAAGCUUGUUCUAUAUACACAUAUUGUACUAUGUAUAAUAUGGUAAGAGGUGUUUUCCCAGUGGAAUAGGUUUCUUUACCCUCAUACUUUGGGCAGACCUUUGAAUGUGAAAGGGACUUUUGCAUAUCAUAUAUUGUUGGUCCCAGAAAUGGCAUUUAAGUAAGAGAAAAUUGUAACUGCCAUUUUUACAAUUUGUGCACACUUAAGUAUAGUGUCAUCACAUAUUACAGCUGUCAAUGGAGUAGUAGGCCUAUUUGUAACAAAUCAGUAUUUUGUAAACUCGGUUCUAUUAGAUACAUAUACUGUAUACUUUCAUAAAUGUGUAAGUAAGUAUAGUAGUAGUCAACGCAUUUCUAUUUGGAAAGAAUGACACAUUUUAUAUCAUGUUUUGCUGUAAAUGGGUGCAGUAAACCCUGUUCCUGAUGUUUAGAAUGGGCACAGCCCUAAUGGUAAGACAGCCGUAAUGGGCAAUGUACCUCACUGCAUUGUUUAUAUGAUUGAGUAAAUCCAUGUCAUUAACUUUGUGUGUAUUACUCCCAGGACUUUUAUGUAUUUGCAGUGUUCACUGGGCCCAUUUGCAGCUAAUGACAACAUAAAGUGUCGGCUCCAGUCACUUUCUCCAAACUAGGAGUUAAAAUACUACUGUGUAAAAUGCCCUUUCUCAGAGUGCCUAUUUACACAAUAUUGAUGUUAUCGAAGAUUAGUUGGUGCAUGUGAUCAAAUUGAAGCAGAAUCUUGAGUAAUUACAAUGUAAAUGUAGCCCUGACAGCCCUAGUUUAAACACGUGGUUGUACAGCAUUCUGGUCCACUGAUGUUAAGUGCUUUUUGAUCAUGGCCAGGGCUCGGGGGGGGACCGGCAGUGUUGAAUCUACCCUCCGGAUCAGAGGCAUCAGCCCUCUGUGGUCUCAUCUCACCAGGGUAAACAUGGAGGAGGACAAGACUGCGCUGCCAUCACUUCCAACCUUGUAUGAGACGAACAGCAUUCUCUGAAAGAAUAUACAAGUACCUCUGUGUGUUCUUGGGCCCUAAUUACCACAUCCUAGACCCCCCCUCACCCCCUCGACCCCCUUUCCCUCUCUCCCCUGGGCGUACCACGGGUCCACCAGGAAGUGACUUUGAUUUUGGACAGGAUCUGCCAACAAGCCCCUCAGAUUUCUUCAUGUUUGAUGAAUUUCUAAGUAGCCUUUAAAAGUGUUUGUAUGUAUGCUGCCAUCCACUUUUACUGCGUGUGGCUUGAGUGACUGUGUACAUAGCUUUUGUACAUUUCAAAUAAACUAUCCUCUUUGU